AUGUCCUCCGACGAAAUCCCUGAGGAUGUCCCUCAGCCCGUUGCGACUGAUCUCUACGAGAUCCUCGGCGUCCCAGAAGACGCAACUCAGGAUCAGAUCAAAUCUGCCUACAGAAAGCUCGCUCUUAAACAUCAUCCAGACAAGGCCCCCGCCGAAUCGAAGGAUGAAGCACACACCAAGUUUCAGCAGAUCGCCUUCGCCUACGCCAUCUUGUCGGACGAGCGCCGCCGCAAGCGCUUUGACCUGACCGGCAGCACUGCGGAAGCGGCCCUCGAGGACGAGGAUUUCGACUGGGUUGACUUCUACCGAGACCUCUAUUCCAACUCGGUGGACUCCGAUGCCAUCGAGAAGAUCAAACAGGACUACCAGGGUUCCGCGGAGGAGGAAAAGGAUGUUCUGGAGGCGUUUGACCAUCACCGAGGCGACAUGGACCGCGUUUACGAGUCGGUGAUGCUGAGCAAUGUGCUCGACGACGACGAGCGUAUCCGUGCGAUCAUCGACAAGGCCAUCGCCGAUGGCCAGGUGGAGGCCUACAAGAAGUACACGAAUGAGCCGGAGAAGAAACGGCAGAUGAGAGUCAAGCGGGCGCAGAAGGAGGCACAGGAAGCCGAGGCCCUGGCCAAGGAGCUCGAGGAGAAGAAGGAAAAGAAGACAGGGACCAAGGAUAAGGCGGGAAAGAAGAAGAAGAAGGGGUCGGAUCUGGCCGAUCUAGCUGCGGUCAUCAAACAGCGCCAGACGAACCGUAUGGAGUCCUUCCUCGAGCGCUUGGAGGCCGAGGCGAUGGAGCGCAACGCUGGCAGCGCCAAGGGCAAGAAACGGGCUGCCAAGUUCGAGGAGCCGCCGGAGGAAGCGUUUGCUGCGACUGCCGCUCGGCUUGCUUCGACGAAGAAGAAGAGAAAAGCGAAAGCUUGA